AAAGCCACUCCACUACUAUCACCGUACAAAGCAAAAAAACACACUCCCAUUAAAUCACAAAAAAAUAAAUGUUUUUUUCCGUUUUCUUUUCCACCACCUACACCGCCACCAAAACCAAGAAACCGGAAAUGUCCGCUGCGUCACGGUGCCUUCCAAUAUCCACCACUCGAAUCCACAUAAUGGCCUUAGACGGAAUCGUCAACGUCAACUCACUCUUCUCUUUCGCGCUCUUCGUCGGCCUCACGUUUUACCCCACCACCGAUCCCGCCGCCAUGCUCAUUGGCUCCGACACGGCCUGCGCCGCUGGGGUCUCCUCCGCAGAGGGCCUCAUCGCCUUCCACGUGUACUCCUUCAGCUCCUUCCUCUUCUCCAGCCUCGUUGCCUUGGCCCUCAAGCAAGCCAUCAAGAUCAGCAGAGACAUUGUGGUUCAAAAUGGCGGUGACUCCGGUUCACACGUGGGUCAUGUGAACCGGGUAGCUUUGCGGGUCGGGACGCUGGUUUCGGCUUUCGGGUCUGUUUUGGGAUGUGGGUUUUUGAUGAUGGCGCUGGUGGACUUGGUUCAGAUCAAAUUGGGGAGAUUGGGUUGUGGGAGUCUCUACACUUUGGCUGCAAUUGGUCCUCUGGUGACUUUGGUUCCUCUAGCUCUUGUUAUCUAUGUUUUUCUUGUGCUACAUGCUUUUACUAGAUAGAAACGUAUGAUUAAUCAAACGAAAUGUUAAAUUUGUGCAUCUUCUUUGCAUCUUUAAUAUAAAUUAUAUUUACAUAAAUUCAGUA